GCCUGACCUGCGAAUGUAAAAAUAUUGCGAGUAAAAUUUAUAACCCAACGUGAGGGCUACCCAAAUCUGCAACGCUUUGAAGGAGGAAGCUUUUGAGGAAGGAAGAGUUGGAAGUUGAAGCAGGAAGUUGGAAGUUGUUUUUUUUUUCUCUUUGAACAGUUUUAAAAUAGUACGCGGUGUUUCCUCGCCAGACAAAGCUCCUCUCAUCGUUAAUCAAAUUUUAACGAAGCGUGUAGAGGGAACCCCCCGCUCACGCGCAAGUGGUUAACGAUUCCAAAGUCCCAUGGGCGGUAUCUCCUUUUGGUGACACCCCACAGGCGAAGUCGCGGCGUAGAGAAAGGUCGUAAUCGAAGCAGCAGUACGGGAGGUAGUGUCCGUGGCGAGGUGAAACAUAUACACCGAUUGAGCGCAAGUUAUAAGUUGGGUCCGCUCAAGUAUCUUCCAAGUGGGCACCUCCUAAGCGGAACUUCUUAAUCCCCCCCGUGCGUACAUCCCAGUUACUCCCCCCCGGUGCAGCGACAAUGAAGCUGGUGACCUUCUUAAUGAAAUUAACAAACGAAAAUGUCACCAUCGAGCUAAAGAACGGGACCCUCGUGACGGGGAUCAUAACAGGCGUGGACAUCAAAAUGAACACACAUAUGAAGAACGUUAAAGUCGUAAUUAAAAACAAAAAUGUUGGUGAGUACAAUGUUAAUACGAAGCAGUUUUUGUCGCUGGAUCACGUAACGAUCAGGGGGAAUAACAUACGGUACUUUAUUCUCUCCGACAGCCUCCCGCUGGACACGCUGCUGGUGGACGACACGCCCAAACAGAAGAUGUCCAAGGACAAGGGCUUUGCAAGCAAGGGCAAGAUGAAACCCGGGGGCAAGGGAAGGGGACGUGGUCGCAAAAUUAUGAAAAGGUAGGCCUGAGCGAGGCGCAGCGGCGAAGCAGCGGGAUUGACAUGAAUGGGAGCGAACAAAUGGAAGAGAACAAUUGGAAGAGAACAAGUGCGCAGAUCUGAGCUGAGGAAGGAUGGCUCCUUGCCAAUUGGGCAUCUAUACCUCGUCGCAUCACCGCACACAUAAAUAUAA